AUAUAUGUUUCAGUGAGGUUGGCUUAGCAUUCAUAGCAAUUGUUAUCAGCUGUACCGCAGAGAUGACACGUAAGUCAUAGAAAAUAGAUGUUGUGGUGGCAGCUGCAGAGAAGAACUUGGGGGUACGGGAUUCAAUUUCAGAAGAGUUACAGGGUGUGUUGAGUAGUAGUGUCUCACCCUCUCGGGUCGUUGGCCUGGGGUAGGAUAAGACAGGGUUAAAGUAGUGGAAUAAGGUGAUGGGUUUUAAUGAGUGUAGGGUUAGUUAGUAGGGUCAUUAAAUAUAUAUUUGUAUGGAUUUUUUCACGUUUCCCCUUAUACCAUUUUGUAUAACAGAGUGUAAUGGAUUCAUACAAUAGUUCAGUAGAGGGCGAUAAUGCAACAUAUUGGAUGCCAACCGUCUUUAAACCUCACCGAAGAAGAAGGAGAAUGCACCUGUUCUUUUGUGAUUGCUGCCCUGCCCACUAUUUGACUGGAAGGAGAGCAUAUGCACAAAUUUGUUUGUUCUGUUUCUUUGAUAGUUUUUUUUCCAAAUCUUGGGGGACAAUUGUUGCUGCAACAUGGUUUGGUUUCUGAUUCUCAUCUGUGUUGUCCAAGUGGGCAGUGUUCCGAUCACCAAUUUCACAAAUGCUACUACUUCAAAUGCUACUAUCCCUGCCACAGUGGACAAUUCUAAAAACCCCAUCAACAAUUCUACAAAUGUGACUUUCUCUGCCACAGUGGACAAUUCUAAAAACCCCAUCAACAAUUCUACAAAUGUGACUUCCUCUGCCACAGGUUCUACUGCCUCAAUGGGGACACGCCACAGACAAAAUGAUUGGGUUAAAACGCCUGAAACUAGAGAAGAGGACUUACAGUUUGACCUUGCUAUCACGGAGGGAGACAUUCUGGUUUCGGAAGACCGCUUAGCUGUGAAGUCACUUUGGCCUGAGAAUGAAGGCGUCACUUCUAUCCCCUACAAGAUCAACGAUUAUCUGGUGGACAGAAAGGAAACUAUACUAGCAGCGUUCAAGAUGAUUUCAGACCGAACGUGUAUCCUCUUCCACGAAUACACCAAUGAGAUGAACUACAUCGAGUUCAUCUCUGGGACAGGCUGUGCGUCGUAUGUAGGUUUUCAGGGCGGGGCCCAGUCUCUGUACUUCGGUAGAGUCUGUAGCGUGGGGAACCUGUGUCAUGAGCUGAUGCAUGCACUGGGCCUGCACCACGAGCACACACGGCCAGACCGUGACCAAUACGUCACCAUACAGUGGGACAAUGUGGUCCCAGAUACUACUUCUCAUCAAACCGGAACCCCACUAUCGGCUCCAAGAAGAGUGGAGUCCAGAUUGGACAGAGAAAUCACCUGAGCCCCCUGGACAUAACACGCCUUAACAAACUCUAUCAAUGUGAAUAACAAUGCACAGUUUAGCAUUUAUUACACCAUCGAAGAUUUCAACACCGCUGCUGUCGACUGAAGAUUCCAACACAAAUGGCACUGACAUUUUAACUUCUCAACAAUGAAUAAGUUGAACUAGUCCCUUAAAGCUUUCUGAUGUAUUAUACGUGUGUUCAGCAGCAGGCAGUAGUUUAAUUUGUCCUGUGUGCUCUUGCUGCCUUGAAUUAGGCCUAUUCCACUGCACUUGUCUUGGAAAUGAAUAAAAUGACCUCGACUGAAAAGAA